AUGUACUUUCGCACGAUUGCCGAGGCCCAAGAGAGAUACAAAUUCAAAUUGGUGGAGGCUGAAGUUGAUCCUGCUAUGGAAGCCUUCAAGAAGCCCCGGGUUAGGAUUUCCGUUGAGGGAUACGACACGUCGCUCCCUCAGGAAGAUAUUAACAAGGCGUUGGUUGAUCUCUUCAGUUCAUGUGGCGAAAUCAUCAACGUGGCGAUUCCCAUAGACCCUGAAACCCAUCUUGUCGAAAGACGUGCUUUUAUGAUCCUGCGCGGAGAUGGCGCAGAAGAGAAUGCGUUGCAACUAGAUGGACGUGACGUGGGAGGAUGGAAUGUCGUUGUGAAGGUUACACCGGAAGAAAACGAGGAGACUGAUAAUUAUCGACAUACUCUGUUGGAAAACUUAAAGAAUGACGAGCAAUAUAAGUUUGGCGUUGCCGUUUAUGGAUAUGACAUGACUUCGCUUCCUGACGAUGAUGUCAAGAGCACUUUUGAGAGACAUUUCUCUUCUUGCGGAGAUAUCACAUGUGUUCUUCUCGGUAGAGAGGACAGGAAAGCCUUGAUUUAUUUUACCCAAGAAGAAGCAGAAGGUAAGGCGCUGAAACUUAAUGGAAGUGCAAUGGAAGGAUUCCAAGUAACUGUUCACCUCGCAGCGACAGUGCGAAGAAGUCGUUCCAGCUCCACUGCCUCCGUUCGUAUGUUUGACUAUUGUGUUCCAGCUCAUUGUAUCAUGUUGGCCAAAGAGAACAAUAAGAAGAUCAUGGCUUUUAAGAAGGAGAGGGGGUUGGUGUAG